AUCCUAGUGAGAGCGCGGCCCUGCGUGGAUGAGUUGCGAGGGUGUGUGUGUGUGUGUGUGUGUGUGAGUGUGUGUAAGAGAGCGUCAGCGCUCCCACAUGGCCUCCAUGCAAGACGGGCUGAACUUCACGGCUCCUCCCUACGGCAAAGUGCUGCUGCUGGGCGCCAUCGCUGCUGCCUCCGCCUUCGUGGUCACCAUCCUCAUCGUGGUGCUGUGUGUGGGCUGCCAGCGGAAGGGAAAGACGCACAAUGUUCCCGGCGAGGGUGGAAAACACCGUCUCAUGGACAUGGGUAUUCUCCGACAGUCCAAGCUGCGCUCCAUCAGUAAAUCAGACGCUGAGAUGAACAAGAUGAACUGCAAUGGCAAAAGCAGGCAGCUCCCCCAGAUCCCUGAGGACGGGGAGCACACUUACUCAGAGGUCGCUACUCGUACUGACGAUGCCCUGUACGCCAUGGUAGGCAGGGCCGGGCAGACGGACACCCCGGCCCCCCCCGCUGUGCCCGCCAACACCCCGGCGCCUCCGGACCCUGACGGAGACGCUGAGGGAGGGAUGCCCGACUCUGAGGUCAUGCAGCCCGCUCCUCCUCCUCCUGAGACGGCUGAGUACGCCUGCGUCCGGAAGCUGAGGAAGGCGGACAAGGCGCCGCAGAAGAGAGACAGCGGGACAGACAUGGCGGAGGCGCCGGUGCCUCAACAGAGACACCCCCCCCCGUCUCACCCUGCUCCCCCGCCCCCUCAUCCCACUCACCCCCACAGCACCAAGCUGCCCCGCAGGAACCAGGACGCCUUCAACGUGCCCGCAUUCCCAAAGGAGGUGAUGUUUAUGGGCAACGGAGAGCAGUACAUCUGGAAGCCUCCGGAGGAAGAGGAGAUGCUCAUGCACCAAAAUAAGGCCCUGGGACCGCUGGGUGCUCACACGGUGGAGAAUAUCCAGCCGUCUGCUGCUGUGGUGGCGGAGAUGUACUCGAAGGUGUGUAAACCUGGGAAGAAGAAGCGAGCGAUGCCAGGGUCUCCUCCAGGAAACCCUGGCUUCCGGACCCUGGGUCGGGGGGACCGGGACCGGGAUCGGGACGGCGGGUUCAGUGUUGUUGUGAAGCCGCAGACGUGGGCCUUGCCGGAGGGGAGGGCCGGGGCGCUGGACGACCACUGCUACGAGUCCAUCGGCACGGAGGAGUGCGACCUGGCCUACGAGAACUUGGACGCGGCCUGGAAGAGAGAGAGGCCGCCCAACACCUGCGCCACCCUGAGACCACGGAGGAAGAAGUCCCAGCAGCCUUUGCAGCAGCAGCAGCCGCCACCUCCCCCGCCCACGCAGCAGCAGCCCCCCCCCCACCUGCAGCAAGCCAAAGCCCUGCUGCUGCCGGGGGAGAACCUGUACGAGAGCAUCGGGGACCUGAAGCAGGGCUCGAACACCUCCAGCACCACCACCAUCUUCACCUUCAACGACGGCAUGGAGAUGUACGUGACGGGGCUGUGAGACCCUCAUCAGGCUCUAAAGACCCUCCAUCAGGAUCUGAGACCCUCCAUCAGGCUCUGAGACCCUCCAUCAGAACCUGAGACCCUCCAUCAGGCUCUGAGAACCUACAUAAGAACCUGAGCACCCUCCUGAGACCCUUCAUCAGGAUUUGAGACCCUCCAUCAGGUUCUUAAGACACUCCAUCAAGACCUGAGACCCUCCAUCAGGCUCUGAGACCCUCCAUCAGACUCUGAGACCCUCCAUCAGACUCUGAGACCCUCCAUGCCCCCAACACAUACUGUUUACAUUCAGUCAUAACGCCCCCCCCCCCCCCCCCACAAACAUGUGGAUCUGUUAUGACCCGGGCUCCCCUCUAUAAACCUUACAACGAAUCCAAAGGUAGUGAACACUAAAUGAGCACAAGACCCCGCAGAGCGAUCUGUGGGGAACAGUAGCACUUCUAUUUUACGGAGACAUAUGUGCUAAGCACAAUUAAGUAAAAAGCCUAAAUUCUUCCUCAAUUAUAGCGGGUAAAAAGGUCCGAGCAGGACUGUUAUUGCGGGAAAAGGCACAGCAUUGUGGGAAAUCUUUUGGUAGCACUUAUCAUGAGCUUCCCUGUAGAGUCAAGAUGUGAAUUUAAAUGAUAUAUAAGGAAUGAAUUACUAAUCAAAAAUACUUGAAAGCUCAGGGACCAAGAGAAACAAUUAUGAGAGUAUUAUAAGUAAAUAAAUUGCACACAUUUUGCAUUCCUCCUAAAAAGCUUCAACUCAUUUAAGACCAUCAUCGUGUUUGGAAAAGCGACUGGAAACUUCCCUCCGUCAUGUGGGGCUGGGCGAUGUCGGGAAAUCUGAUACCGUGAUACGUUUGACCAAAUACCGAUAUCGUACGACUGACCUUUCACUAAAUAUUUACUCAAUGAGAUUUUCUCAACAGAUAAUUAGCAGUAAUGUGCAUUUAAUGACUAAGCAAGUAAAGACAAAUAAUGGAAGAGCGGUCUGGUGAUUCGAAUAACUCCAAAUAUUGAAUGUGAAAAGAUUAAUACCAACAUUUAAAGAUUGUCUAAUUAAUGUUAAAAACCUAUGUACAAAUCGACCCUUUUGGCUUUUAAACGUAAUACUCCAUCACCGCUCAACGCUGCUUUAUGGAUCAUGCAAAUCCACUUUCACGGCAAGUAUUUGGGCAAAUAUUUUAAAUCAUUGUGCGCUCACAUGCCGUUUAACACCCUGGCUAAUCUUGUAAGCUUAGAAAAAGACAUCAGUAUCUAAAAUCUCAGACGAUAUCUCGCCUCAUAUCACGAUAUUGGUAUAUUAUGGGAUGUAUUGCCCGGCCCUACUUCACGUUUAGUUUGACCGGACAUGGACUGAACACCGUCUCCACUGCCGUCUGUAAAUUAAGUGUUUUACUUUGUUGAUCCUGUUUCUGCACUUUGCCUGCUACAAGUUGCAUGCUAGAAAAAAAAAAAAAAUCACCA